AUGCCUUUUCCUUUUGGGAAAUCUCAGAAGAAUCCAGCUGAAAUAGUGAGGAGUUUGAAGGAGAAUGUGGCUUAUAUGGAAAAGUUGGAUGCAGCAGACAGCAAAAAGUGCGAAAAGGUGAGCAAUGCGUUCUCCUGUCUGAUAUUUAAGAUUCAGUUCUUGUUGAUAUUCAAGGUCUUUAAACACAUUCCCUUAUUAUUAAGAUUGCAGAGGAGGCAUCCAAACAUCUGGCCUCCCUGAAGGAGAUACUCAGUGGAACAGGGGACAAAGAGCCUCAAACCGAAGCAGUGGCUCAGCUUGCACAGGAGCUGUACAAUACCAACCUCCUGAUUUCUCUCAUUGCAAACCUUCAGAAGAUUGACUUUGAGGUGAGGAAUUGAGUUAUUUGUUAUGCUGACUUAAAUAAAAUCAAAAACUACCAUAGAGUGGGGCAAAACUGUGGUAGAAAGAAAUUAAUUUGUGUGCCACCAGCACCCAGACUAUCAUGUGUCUGAUCUUUCUUUUCUUCUACAGGGGAAGAAGGAUGUGGUUCAUUUGUUCAGCAACAUUGUGAGACGUCAGAUUGGCACCCGCACACCCACUGUAGAAUACAUCUCUACACACCCACAGAUCCUCUUCAUGCUUCUGAAAGGGUAAUGUCAUCCUGUAAAGGAACUGGAACUUAGUAUUUGAGAAAAGUUUCAUGUAGUGUUGUGUAUAUGUUGUUAAGUUUGUAAUACUUUAGAAAGUUUUGAACUAUGACCAAAUAGUUUUGUCGUAGUUACUCUAAAACGUAUUUUUGAGAACGAUGUUCCCUUAACAUGCCUUGUGAUUUUCUGCAUUACCUGGUAUGUGUUUCAACAACUCCCAGAGAGGCGAGCGCGAACAUGUUGCAUUCAGCUGUGGGUUACACAUGUAGAUGACAGGAGUGAUAGUCAAAUGCUGAUAUCACAGUUCAAAAUAACCCAGUCAUCCAGGCUUACUAAAAGAGCACUAUGUAUUGUGGCUGGACUGCGUUGGGGUUGAAUGUUGAUGGAUCAAUUGUUAUACUUUGCCAAUUGCCACUUCUGGAAUGGAUUUAUCCUGUUAUGGUUUUGCACUUGUCGUGUCUAUCGAGGUGAGCCUUCAGACUGAUUUUCUGGGUGGUCACAAACAGGAAUUUUUCAAAUGGAUGUUUUUUUUUAGACAUUUGGAUUACUCUCAUCAGGUACAGACAAAACACCUCAUCAUGGGUGGGGAGGUCUAGAAGAAUACUUUUCAUUGACAAAAUCCAAAUGUGAAGCCUCAUGAAUGUAUCAUAUUUUGGGUGUAUCUCUCAGGUGUAUAAGUAACUUACUAUUAUCUGCUUUGGUUAGCAUUACAUCAACCGUGUUUUUAACUGAUUUAAGUUGAAAUCUGAUGAUGCUGAUGACUUGGCAUGGACUUGACAUGUGUUAACGUGUGCAGAUACGAGAGUGCCGAGGUGGCUCUGAACUGUGGAAUGAUGCUGAGAGAGUGCCUGCGGCACGAGCCUUUGGCACGGACCGUGCUCUUUUCUGAAGAUUUUUACUGCUUCUUCCGUUAUGUGGAGCUGUCAACCUUCGACAUCGCCUCAGAUGCUUUCGCUUCAUUCAAGGUACGUGUCGCUGUUUCUUCAUUUUAUCCUCGUAAGAAGAACUUUUUCAUCUGAUGUUUUGGGUUUCCUCUGCUCUAUCACAGGACCUCCUCACAAGACACAAGAUUAUGUGUGCAGAUUUCCUGGAGAAUAAUUAUGACAGGGUGAGCUUUAUAAAGUUAAUUUAUAAGUUUAAAUAUUGCUGUAUUGUGUCUAACAUACUUUAAAAAUGUUUUCUCUAGGUGUUCACAGAAUAUGAGAAGCUCUUGCAUUCUGACAACUAUGUAACCAAACGUCAGUCUCUGAAGGUAAAAGCUCCACUGCUGUCAGAUCAAAAUCACUUUUAUUUCAAGAUAAAUGCAAGUCUAAUCCACAGUUACCUUACUGUGUUGAGCGGGCAGUGUUUUGAAUAAAUUUUAAGUGUUAAAAAGUUAUUUUCCGUUUUCUAGCUCCUUGGGGAACUUCUGCUGGAUAGACACAACUUCACUGUCAUGACAAAGUACAUCAGCCGAGCAGAGAAUUUAAAGCUGAUGAUGAAUAUGCUGAGAGACAACAGCCGAAACAUCCAGUUUGAAGCUUUCCAUGUCUUCAAGGUGUGCACUUAACAGGCACAGUUUACUUUUGUAUCAUUCAUGUUGCACUGUGAAAUUUGACAUACAGUUUUGGAGGAAAUCUGGGCUGAUGCAUUAUUUCAAUUUUAUGUAAUCAUUGAUUUUUUUAAAAUGAGUUUGUACAUAGGUAACUUUCUGAUUUUUGAAUGCAACUCUCUACAAAUUGUAAUUUCAUCUGAGCUGUCUUUGAACUUUGUAGGUUUUUGUUGCAAACCCAAACAAGACUCAGCCCGUGCUGGACAUACUGCUGAAGAACCAGACCAAACUCGUAGAAUUCCUGAGCCAUUUCCAGACUGACAGAGCGGAGGACGAGCAGUUCUGUGACGAGAAGAACUAUCUGAUUAAGCAGAUCCGUGACCUAAAGAGGCCCACUGCAGCAGAGGAAGCUUAA